UACCACGAAAAAGGAAGACUUGUAUGGGGAGACUUUCACCUCGUUGCUCGAAACGUAUAUAUGCGUGUUUUCACUAUGCUUUUCCUCUGUCAAAAGCAAUCUCUCACAUUAACUUCUAUUCACAUUCAUCGAUUUCCCAUAUAGAUUCUGAUUCGCAGUUAUAUCAACCAUUGUACUAGUUCAAUUUUCCAAUUCUUUGUUUCCCAGAUUUUUUGCUCCAGCUGCAGGUUCUUGAGUGGAUUCUACUGGCGUUUGUAUUAUUGUUUGAGAACUCCUGGAUUAUUUGAUUGAAUGGAUGUGGAGGGAGCCGGUACUUUGUCAGGAAAUGGUGCAGAAUCUGUAGAAUCUCGUUCCCGUCCUGUUCGACAACAUUUGAAUAAUGCUGUAUAUCAGUUUACUCAACAAAAUCUCCCAGCAUGUAAACCUGUCCUGACACCAGCAUGGGUCAUUUCAAUGUUUUUCUUGAUAGGCGUCAUUUUUAUUCCAAUUGGACUUCUCUGUCUUCAUGCUUCUGAAAGUGUUGUUGAGAUUGUUGACAGAUAUGAUACAGAUUGUGUGCCAGAUCAUCUCAAGGGCCAAAAAGUUGCUUACAUUAAAGAUAGCUCGGUGUCGAAGAAUUGUACGCGAUACUUAAAGGUGCCUCAAAAUAUGAAAGCUCCGAUUUUCAUUUAUUAUCAACUCGAUAACUAUUACCAGAACCACAGAAGGUAUGUUAAAAGCAGAAGUGAUAAACAGCUUUUACACGGUCUAAAGUACAAAGAUACAAGUUCUUGCAACCCUGAAGGCGAAAAUAAUGGUCUCCCAAUUGUUCCUUGUGGUUUGAUUGCAUGGAGCUUGUUUAACGACACAUACUCCUUUUUCCGUGGAAUAGAUGCUUUAAAAGUUAACAAGAAAAAUAUUGCUUGGAGAAGUGAUCGUGAACAUAAAUUUGGGAAGCAUGUUUAUCCAUUCAAUUUCCAGAGUGGGUCUCUAAUUGGUGGUGCAACGUUGGAUCCUGACAUUCCUCUAAGUGAUCAGGAGGAUUUCAUUGUAUGGAUGCGUACUGCUGCUCUCCCUAGCUUCCGUAAGUUAUAUGGGAGAAUUGAAGAAGACUUAAAUGAAGAUGAUUUAAUUAUGGUGAAGCUAGCAAACAACUACAACACAUACAGCUUUGGUGGAAGGAAAAAACUUGUUCUUUCAACAACCAGCUGGCUGGGAGGCCGGAAUAACUUCCUUGGAAUGUCCUACAUUGCCGUCGGCUCUUCAUUUAUCUUCCUCGCUUUUGUCUUCUUAUUGCUUCAUGUGAAAAAUCCAAGGCCUUAUGGAGAUACAAAUUUAUCAUGGAACAGGAAAGGCAUGUCAAACUAGAAGAUAGAUUUCCUUGAAAGACACCUCCUGGUAUAUAAAUGAAGUUAUAUCAGAUAUUUUCAGAGCAAAAAGAUCAAAAGUAUACAUUACAGAAUCUGCGAACUAUUCAUACAAUCAGUCUGUGACUUGAUAUGUUAGCGCAACUGUACCUUUUGCCGAUGAGUUAUGUAAGCAUAUAUGUUUUGUAUAGUUUAUAUGAAAGAUUACGAAGAGGCUAUUAUUGGUGUUCAAGAGGUCAAUUUCCAUUGGGUGUCCUAUAAUAUUUCCUUUGAGAAUACAGCAUGUGUGUACUUAAGACACCAUACUUUGUGAA